AUGAAGUCUCCUCUAUCCGUCAGCCAGUUGGCCGUGGCCCUGCUCUCCUUGACUCCUGCAGUUUCUGCGUUGGCAUGGCCAAGAUGGCUUCCAGAGCUUGACUCGUUAGUUGUUCGGCAAGAUGAUGGUUCAUCUCAAAAUGAAGCACCUGCUGCCUCGCAAACAGCAUCAUCCAACCCCCCCAACAAUAACGACGACAAUGAAGACUCAAAGACGACAUCUUCUCGCGAUCCUUCGGAACCGAUUCAAACAAACCUCAACACGGGCGGCAUCACGCAGACGGGAACCGUGCGGCAAACAGGCAACGCCACGCGCACGCGCGCGCCCAAGAAGACCGAGUUCGACCCCCAGGACCCCGUCGGUGGCGUGGUGAUGGUGACGCCGGGAGUAUUCGACGGCACCCAGCUGUACAAGAUCGGCGACUACGUGACGUGGGGGUGGAACUACACCAACUUGCAGGCUACGCCGACGGCCAUCGACCUCUACGUCAAGUGCAGCAAGGUACCGCAACCGUGGACCCUGACGCAGAACAUGUCAUUCACCGAUCCCGGCACCUACACCUGGGACACGGAGAAGUUCCAGAAGAGCAACGUUGCCAACCCGCUGUUGACGGAGCAAUACACGCUGGUGAUCGCCGACGCCGACGGCGGCAUCAGCGCCACUCCCGAGCCGGGAUACCUCGCCCCGUUCUCCCUGUUCUACUUUGGGCUGUACGAGAAGCAGGACUAUCAUGACAACAACGACGGAUACCAGUGCGCCUCGUGCAGCGGCGCCGGGUCCGGCAUGGACAACCGCGCGGUGGGUACUGCGGUUGUUAUGAGUGCCGUUACUGUUCUCAGCUUUACCUGGUUUGUUUCCGGCCUGGGAGCGAUUUUUUAA